AAUGAGAUACCGCUGCAACAGCUGAGACCACAGAACAAAAUGGCGACUUCCUGUUGUUUCAAUUUUUUGACAUAGGAGUUCUAGAGAUUUAAAGCAGUGAAACGUGACUAAGCGUGUUCAGAAGCAGACAUGACUAUCUAUAAUUUGUAUAUAUUCGACCGAAAUGGGACAUGCCUCUUUUACGAUGAGUGGAAUCGAGUAAAAAACUCUGACAUGUCAAGAGAUGAGGAAUUCAAGCUGAUGUAUGGGAUGUUAUAUUCCAUCAAGUCUUUUGUCUCAAGAAUAUCACCAUCUGAAUCUAAACAAGGAUUUUUAAGUUACAAGACCAGCAAAUACAAGCUUCAUUUUUAUGAGACUCCAACAGGCUUGAAGCUGAUAAUGAACACAGAUAUACACGCAAACAAUAUUAGAGAGACUCUAAAUGACAUCUAUAGUAAGAUAUAUGUUGAAUAUGUUGUGAAGAACCCCAUGUGCAAGUUGGAUGAGCCAAUUCAAAGUGAACUAUUUAGAUCAAAGCUGGAUGCAUUCAUCAGAGGCCUUGUCUGCUUCAAUUAGUUAUUUGAAUAAUAAACAUCCUCACAGAGCCCCAAGCAUGUUUUUCAAGCAUGUACACAUGAAAUACAAAUGCAUUGCCAGGAUUUGCUGACAAUAGACAACUUGCACUAAGAAAUCAUGCAUACCUGUCAACUCUCCCGCAUUAGGUUGGAGUCUCAAGAUCCCCUUCUCCCGCUCUUUCGCGUUGAGCACUAAAUCUCCCGCUUUUUAGGGAUUUUUAUCUAAUUUAUAGAAAGUCAUCAUUUUGCCUAUGAGAAUAUUUGAAACAAUAAUUCCCUUGUGUAGCACAAUUUAUCUAACACCCUCAUGAGAUCUAUAAGUGGAUUUGUUUGCGAAAGCUAAACGGCAAAUGCCUGCAAGGUUAAACCCACCCCACCCCCCCCCCCCAAAAAAAAAUGAAUAAACCCCUCUCCCAAAAUAAUUCUCAAGCCUUGAGAUCUUCGGAGAUUGACAGGUAUGAAUCAUGUGACAUUUUGAGUGGCAAACUCACGCCAAAAUAAACAAAAUGGAAGCGGCUCCAGUGGGUUUAUUUGAAAUUUACUGUUUCCCAGAGUUUCAGAAACAGUAAUUUAGAAAAAAAAAAAGGUACCUAUCGUUUAAGUUACCAACUUCAGCAUUGAUAGUUUGACAUCUACCCUAGUUGUAUUUGUUGGGUGGAAGUAAGGAGUGCUUUUGUUAAUCUUUGGGAAAUGCCUCAGUCAAAAGGGCAACUAUAGUUUUAAUAAUUUUGCAUUACAUAAUUAGUGAUGGGGGACAUAAAGGCAGGUGUGGCCACUAAAUGAAAUUAUGUGAUUCAUAACAAAUGCACAGGUUUUUUUAGAGGUUCAUUUAACUUAUGAAACAAA